AUGGCAUCCACCACAGCUUUGAAAGCUGCAAAGAAAGAAUUGCGGACGAUUAUGAAGCAGAAACUAAGAGACUUAGCGCAAGAUUCUGUUAAUUCUCAGAGUAGUAAUCUAUUCAAAAGUAUCACCAAUUUCAAACCUUACCAAAAUGCGAAACGAAUAGGAAUCUACUUAUCGAUGCCAAGCGGAGAAGUGCAAACAGACUCAAUAGUGCGCCAUGCCUUGGAAUCUGGAAAGCAAGUAUUCGUACCAUUCAUACAUAAGUCGAGUUCUUCAUCGCCUGAUACUCCAAAAUCCGUAAUGGACAUGGUUGAUAUUCGAUCACUUCGAGAUUAUGAGUCUCUGGAAAGAGAUAGCUGGGGAAUUCCAACUAUUGAUUCCGAGACCGUGAAAGAAAGAGAACAUAUCCUCGAAACAUCAGCUGGAGCGAGCGGGCAGCUUGACAUGAUUCUAAUGCCUGGAGUCGCCUUUGAAUUGGAUUCUCAGACAAAUUUCGUAAAACGUCUUGGGCAUGGAAAAGGCUUCUAUGACUAUUUCCUGCAUAGAUAUCUGGAAGGAAGAGGGACAUCGGCCAAAGAACUGUCUUUGGGGCCUGGAACUGAUGCAUUACUCUAUGGUCUGGCUCUGGAAGAGCAACUCUUGCAACCUGAUACUCAGCUUUCGGUGCCUACCGGAGAACAUGAUCAUCUUCUACAUGGUUUGCUGGUGGGAAAUGGAGCAGUAAUAGGUGAUCCGGCUGAGUCCUCUUAA